AUGGCGUUGAAUCAGAGUGACGCCGGGGUUCCAGCAGCCAGCGUCAACGACGCUGAACUGGACGCUCGGUUGACUGGCAUGGAACAGCGGUUAGGCGAAGCGAUGGAAGGCAGGAUGCAAGCCAUGAUGAGCCAGGUGAUGAGCCAGCUUCCAUCGUUGAUGAGGGGAGCGUUGGAUGUUGGAGGUGUUCAGCAGGAGGAGGAGUCCGGCGGUGACGUAGGGGCAUCGACAGGGGCCAGCGGUGACGCUGCCGCCCCGAACAGCAGCCAGGGGUCCGCCGCGACGGGCACAGUGGGUGUAGGCGGCUACGGCAGAGGAUAUGGCUCCCAAGGUGAGACAGCCGCAACCGGCGGUGGCGUUGGUGGUGUUUUCGUCAGCGGUGAUGUCGCUGGUGAGGGUCUUUUCACGGGAGGCGGCGGAAUUUCGAAACUCGCCGCGUCUCACGUAAACCCACCACAGCUCAAGAAAGGGGCCGAGCAGUACCCGGGGCGGAGGCAGGAUAUGAUCGUGCAGGCAGGCAUUCUCGACAUAGGAGAUGUGUUCUCCGGCGGCGGGGUGCUGCCGGACAUCAACAAGCCACAGACCGCCCUUCUCGAGCAGGGGUUUUCGUAUGCAGCAAUCCGCAAGACGUAUCUGGCGUGGAAAUUCCUCUCUGCCGCGUUGACUACUGAGACGGACAAAGCCAUCCUCCGUCGUUGCACGAACCCAAGGGAAGCCCUGCGGCAACUAGAUGCGGCAUACCUGCCGGAGACACAGGGUGCACAGCAGCAGCUUUUCAGAGAGUUCCAGCAGUACCAGACUCCUCGGAAGGAGAACCCCGUCGCCAGUUUGAACAAGCUCAUGGGUAUGGCCAACAUGAUGCGGCAAGGGGGCGGAGCCACGGUAAACGACCAGUUCGUGUUCGCCCGACUUAUCGAUUCGCUGCCCAACCCCGAAUACGAAAUCACCAAGCAAACGUUGUCGGUGGUCCAACCGCUGACGAGGGAUAUCCUUGUACAACAGCUCUCAACCCGAUUUAACCUUCUCACCGAGGAAUGGAGGAAGGAAGGAGAAAAAGGAUCCGGGGGGGAGCAGGCGUACAUUGCGGGUGACGGCACCGGGAAGGGGCGGCAGGCUGGCGGCGGCCGCGGCAGUAAGAGCAACGGCCGUGGCAGCAAGAAGAAGGCGGGGACGGACGACCGGGUCGACCACCGGAGGUGUUUCCGGUGCAACCACCGCGGGCAUAGGAUACCCGACUGCACCACGAAGAAGCUGGAGCAGUGCGACACGUGUUCGGGCUUUGGACACAACAGAGAGAAGUGUGCGACACCCACGGAGGAAGCGUGCAUGGCGGUAGUGGAGCAUCCCAACUUCGCGGUGGUGAGUUUCGAAGAGCAGUACGACCGCGCGGAGGAACUGUGCAAGAUGGAUCCUGGUUGGGAGAAGCUGACCGAAGACGAGAAGGAAGCAAAGGUGCAGGAAGUGAUAACUGAAAGUUUCUAGGGUGGACAGGUGGUGUUGCUAAUACGGUACGGCAGGUUGGCCGUAGGCCCUCAGCGCCGCUGAUUUGCGGUGGGGGGGCCGGACGAAGUCGCGCGGAGGUGGCGCGCAAGCACAGCAUGGACAGAGGGGCCAUGAAAGUAGCACAAUUGACGGUGCGCUCUCCAUCUGCGGGAUAGGAGGCGGUGGAAAGCAGGGACGGUAGAGUGACCGUUGGGCAGAAUAGCCGGAGACACCCUACCAUGGAUUGACCGCGCGACGGCGUGUGGGGGGUGGGCGCCGCACUCGCUUGACGCGGGCGGUGUUUUCUCUAAGUUGAUCACAGGCACGGCAGAGUGGCCGUGCACGCCCUACCACGGUUGACACGCGCGACGGCGCGUCGGGGGGUGGGUGCCGCAUCACGCGUGAAGCGGGCGGCAUUUUUCAACCACAGCACGGACGGAGGGGCCGUGGCUGUCCUGCCUUGCCGUUUGGAGCCGGGGGGGUAGCACUUGAAGUCGCGCGGAGAUGGCGCGCAACCCAGCACGGACGGACGGGCCGUGGUUGUUCUGCCUCAUCGUUGGAGCGGGGGGGGGCAGCAUGUUUUGUCGCGCGGAGGUGGCGCGCAACCAUCAGCCGGAGGUGGGCAUUUGGGGUGGGGCACAGCGAUAUGGCGGUGUCAUCAAAGUCGCGUGGAGAGUCGCCGCGCGCAUUUCAUAAGCCGGGAAGGGACGAUGGAGAUCGGGAUCGGCAGGAUCGACUUGUGGAUGAUCGAGGGCGCGCUUCAUCUUCACGAUUGGAACUGGUGGAGUGGACGGGCAAGCUUGAUAAUUUUUUCUUGUGUUUUUUCUUUUUUCGACGCCAGUUUACGGGUGUCGGUGAAAUCCGAAUUUUUCAAGCGUUCUUGAUCUUGUUUCGUUUUUUUUGUCGUUUCCUUUGACGGUAAUUUUGUUGGUUCCC